AUGCAUAAUAAGUAAUAAUAAAAAAUUGCUGAAUUAGAAAAUAAAAUGAGAUAAACUAAAACUGAUUCAAUUAUUUCUGGUUUAUAAGAAUUAAGAGAAGCUUAAGAUUAAAUGAAAAAAGAUUAAGAUAAUAAUAAAGCAAAAAUAGUAUAAUUUGGAAAAAAAAUUGAUGGAGUAGUAAGAAGAGAAGAUUUAUUAGUCCUUUUUGAACCUAAACUAUAAUAAGUUAAGAUGAAUUAUCUAAGUAAAUUGAAGAAUUAAGAAUUAAAUUAGAAAGAAAAGCUGAAUUAGAAGAUUUAGAAAAACUUUAAAAUGAUCUUGUAUCUAGAUUAGAAGAAGUUGUUUAAGCAUUAAUUAAAUAAUUAGCUAAUAAAUCUGAAACUAAAAAAAGCUUUAAUUUAUUUAGAAUAAAGAGUAUAUAUAUAUAAAUAAUUUAAAUAGAUUAAUUAAAUAUUUAUGAUGUUAGAAGGUGAAGGAGGAAAAAAGAUUAAGAAGGUUUAUUUGCUAAAAAUAAUUAUGGUCUUAUGCUUUAUGUGAUAAAGAAUUAGUUAAAUUUAAAGGAUAAUUAGGAGAUUAUAGAGGAUGGGCACAUUUCCCUUCUAAAGAAACAUCUCCAGAAAGAAUGGGAAGAAUAUUAUAUAUAUAUGAUAUUAUAUUUUAGUUAGGUGUUGGAUAUAAGUAAAUGUAAGAAAAAUAAAAAAACAAUAGAGAAAGAUAUUAAAAUGAUAAAGAUAGACCAAAUAGUUAAGCUAAUUAAUAAUUCUAUCAAACUGGUUCAUAAAUGAGUUAGAACCAAAAUAAUCUUCCAAAGAUUAAUUAUAGAUAUUUAAUGAAUAAUUAGUAAUAAAUUAUAGCAGUCUUAACAAAAACCAAAGAAUCUUAAUAAAAAAUCAAAGUUAAAACAUCUAAAUAUCUUAAAUAACUUGAUAUAUUCAAAAUGUAAUUAAAUCCUAAAGAAAUCAGAUUAUAUUAAUAGGUAAUGAAUAAUUACCAUAUGGAUUACUAAAUUGUAUAGGAAAUAAAUCUAAAGUUGAUGGUAGUCUAAGAAAAUCUGCAUAUUAUAGUGCUGAAUUAUUUCUCAAUAUAUUAGAUAAAUAUCCAUAAAGAAUUGAAUUCAUUAAAAUAUUUGCAGAUCUUGAAGAUGAUGCAUAUAAAUUAUUAUCAUUAUCUACUCAUAUUUUAGCUGAUAAAAAAAAUAUAAGAUAAAGGACUUGUAGCUGUUAAAAUAAUUAAGUAUUUAAAAGAUGAAAGAUGUACUUGAAAUUAAAAAACUCAAGGAAUAACUUGAAAUUUGGUAUAAAAGAAUUAGAGUUCAAUAAAUUCAAGAGUAAAUAUAACAAACAUCAUGGAAAGAAUCUGAUUAACCUCCUCCUGAGAAUCUCAAUUUGUAAAGAGAGUAAAAUAAAAGAUAAAAGAAAUUAGAACAUAUUACUUUAUAAUGGGAUGGGAAUCCAGAAUAUUUAAUUAAGACUUUCUAUAAUCCAUUAAUUCUUCAAUAGAGAACUACUAAAUCAAAUAAGAAUAGAAAUGCUGCAUUGAAAAAAGUGAACUGCAGAAAGUUUAAAUGCAGCUAUUGAUAUAGAAUCAGUUGAAUAAAUUAAACAAUCAAUUAAGAAUUUAGAUAAAGUUAUUGUUAAAAUUCUAAUGAAUUCAUUUCUAAAGAAUUUAAAGAUUAAAUUAAAAGAAAAAAAUCAUUAGCAUCAAAUGAUAAAUCAAAUCAACCUAUGCAAGUUGAUAAAAUUGCAAUUUUAGGAUCUUUGUCUAAGAGAACAUUUUAAUUAUUAUCUAAAUUAAAUUAAAUUUCAUAAUCUAUGAAUAAAUUAAGAAUGAGUUAAUAAAAAUUAAAAUCUGUAAUUGAUUUUAUUAGAAAAUGUGAAUAGUAUGUCUAAUUACCAAAUUAAUUGAAGGAGGCUUAUCUUUAAAGGAGUAAUGCAUAAGUAAUGAAAUUGAUAUCUCUUUAAAAAGAAAAUAUGAAUUAAUAUAAAAAUAUAUCAUUGUUUAAAUAAUUGAAUGAAUAGAUAGAUUAAAUAAUGAAAUAAAUAUAUAAUAAUAUACUUCAAUAAAUAAAAUAAGAGAAUUUGGAGUAUAAUUAGAUUUUAGAAAUAGGUGAAUAUAUAAAAGAAUUAAAUCUAACUUAGAAUAGUACUUAAGAUAUUGUGAAUAAUCUUUAAUAAUCGAUAAAGAAUUUUAAUGCUUAUUUUAAUAAAACUUUGUAAUCGAGAGAUAAUGAGGCUUAUUAAAUAGAGAUGAUUAGAGGUGAUUUUAUAAUUGAAUUUCUUUAAUAAUGUUAUUACCUUAAUAAGAAUUAUAAUUAUAGAAUUGUAUAGCUUUAGAAAAUUUUGUAAGUAUGAAAUUUAGUAAAUAAGUUAAAUAAUUUUAAAAUUUAUGUAGAGAUCUUAAUUUUAAUCCAAAUAUGAAUAAAUUAAAGGAAGAAAUAGAAAAUAAGAUGUAAUAGUUUUUAGAUUCAGCUUAAAAUCAUGGUUUAAUUAAUAAUAUAAUGCCUUAUUAUGUUAAAGAAUAAAUUAGGAUAUAGAAUCAAUAAAGAGUAUGGUUUAAAUAAUUAUAAAUUUAUUUGGUGAUAGUCCUAAAUUAGAUAAUUAAAUUAAUGAUAUAGAAGUUAAAUCUUUAUCUUUACAAUUUUCAAAUUAUACAUUAAAAUAGAUUAAAGUUAAUUUUGUUGUACCAUAAAAAGAUGUUUUUGGUAUUAAUUUUUCUGAAUUUAUGUUACAAAUAUUUAUUGAAAUACUUAAGUAUAUAAUAUUAUUAUAAUAAUAGAAUAUCUAAGAAUAAAAAUGUAGAUAGAAUUUUAUUUUUAUAAUUAUUGUAAGAUAGUCUUAAUUAUUUAUAAUAGAAUUGUAAAGAAUCUUAAGAUUAUUUGAUAUUUCUCCAUAAUAUCAAAUUAAUCUCUAGUUAAAUUAAAGAUUUAGCCUAAAGUGUUUAUUAAAACUCUAAGAAACUAAUAAGUUUUAAAGAAUUUGCUGAACCAAUUUAAUAAUAAAUUAAUGGAAUUCUAUCUUAAUAUUAUUAGCCAUGUUUAUAAAAUUAUGUGAAAUUAUUAAAACUAGAUUAACCAUAAGGAAUGGAUAUGAUACCAAGACUUUAUGUGAUAUAAUGGUUAACAGUAUUUAAUGAAUAAGCUGUUACUCUGGCAUAAAUUAAUUUAGAUUAAUCAGUUACUGAUUCAAUGAUGUCAUUUAUUGUUAGUUAAUGUUUUAAGAAUAUAGAAGCAGUAUCCACACAUGCAAAAAGAGCAAAGUUUCUAGAUUAAUUAAAUUAUGAGAUAAAUUUACUUAAAAUAAUGACAUUGACAUUUUAGGGAUCUGUAUCAUAAGAAGGAUUUUAGAGAUUAUAGAGAAAAAUGGAUGAAUUAAGUUAAAAUACAGUAUCAGAAACUAGUGAGUGGGCAAGACCUUAAAAAAUUAAAAUGUGA